UCGACAUAAACGAUUACUAGAAUCGGAACAACACCGGCAGGCUAACGACUGUAGGGAAUAUGAAUGCAGAGUAUAAUUAAUGGAAGCGAGAGAGGAACAGAGACGUGUUGUGGAGUCUAAAUGCAGCAUUUAAUUACGAAAAAGGAGCCAAGAAAGAGAGGAAAAGCAGAGGAUUACGUAGCAGACGACGCGGAUACGCAAGUCCUUGUAAUAAUCACCAUCGCCACACUACUACACGACGCUCUAUUCUUCUCCUCUGCCCAAGACUCCCAAUACCCCCUCUCUCUCUCUCUCUCUCUCUCUCUCUCUUAUGAUGUCGAGCACCAGAGACUGCAAUUACAGCAGCAGUAUGUGAGAACUCAGCGAGAGCAACGCAACAUAGCGAGGCAGACUGGCAGAGCGCUGCGGGGGGCAGCGAUCUCGAGAAGGAUGAAUUAAUCGGAUCAAAUGGAGUAGACUGUGAUUUCUGGAGUGUUUCAAGGCGUGGGCGGCGCUUGGGGUCGGGGAAGUAAAUGGUUUGAGAACGAGAGAGGACAGCACUUCCGGUGGUGGCGGAGAAGAUGAAAUUUAUGAAGCUAGGAUCGAAGCCGGACGCGUUCCGAUCGGAGGGUAGAUGCAUCAGGUUUGUGAUGUCUGAGCUACCAACUGAUAUUAUUGUACAUGUUGAUGAAGUAAGGUUUUACUUGCACAAGUUUCCUCUUUUAGCAAAGUGCAACCGGUUGCAACAGCUAGUACUGGAGGUUGUUGAAGAUAGAUCAGAUGAAAUAAUCUUACAUGAUUUCCCCGGUGGACCGGAUACGUUUGAGCUCUGUGCAAAAUUUUGCUACGGCAUCACUGUGACUCUGAAUGCCCACAAUGUUGUCGCUGCAAGAUGUGCAGCCGAGUACCUAGAGAUGGAUGAUGGUGUGGAGAAAGGGAAUCUGGUACACAAACUUGAGAUUUUCCUCAACACAAGCGUGUUACAAAGUUGGAAGGAUUCAAUCAUUGUUUUUCAGAUGACAAAGUCAUCGCUGCCUUGGUCUGAAGAACUGAAGAUCGCAAGAAGGUGCAUCGAAUGCAUUGCUUCAAAAACAUUGGUCGAUUCCAAGAAUGUCAACUGGCCAUACACCUACAGCAGGAAACAAGGGAUGCACAGAGUUCCCAGUGACUGGUGGGUGGAGGAUCUAUGUGAGUUGGAUGUUGAUCUUUAUAAGAGAGUAAUGGUCGUGGUGAAAUCGAAAGGGAAGUUGUCCUCAGACACGAUACGGGAGGCCCUCAAGGCCUAUGCGGCGCGAUGGUUGCCCGAUUCUCAUGAAGCAUUGAUCAAUGACAACGAGGACACUAAAAAGAAUACGAUUGUAGUGGAAACCAUCAUCUCGCUCUUGCCUUCUGACGAGUGCUCAGUGUGUUCAUGCAGGUUUCUACUCAAAUUGCUAAAAGUCGUGAUCUUGGUAGGAGCCAGAGACGCAUUGAGGGAGGAACUUAUUGAUCGAAUCAGCAUUCAGUUGCACAAAGCUUCAGUUAAAAGUCUGCUAAUUCCUUCGAAAUCAGGCGGUGGUAUUAUAAUGUAUGAUGUUGAUCUGGUUCAAAGUCUUGUGGAUAAGUCUACGAUGCAUAUUGGUACCAGCUUUGUCGAUGAGAAUGGAAACAGUGAAGCCUUGGUUGCUUUGGGGAAAUUGAUUGACUGCUAUCUCUCUGAAGUAGCGAACGAUCUCAAUUUAUCGAUUUCUAGAUUUACUAAGCUCGCGCAGUCGAUUCCUGCUUCAGCAAGAUCAGUUCAUGAUGGAUUGUACACAGCCAUUGAUAUCUAUUUGAAGGAACAUCCAAACUUGACGAAAGCUGAAAAAAAGAGGAUUUGCAACUUGAUGGAUGUCAAGAAACUUUCGUCGGAAGCUUGUGUACACGCAGUGCAAAAUGAGCAACUGCCACUUCGAACUGUCGUUCAAGUCCUCUUCUUUGAGCAGUGGAAGGCAUCCGGCCGGAGCGUGCAAGCUCCAUCCGUGGACGCUUUAGCAUCUCGAGCAACCAUGGAAGAAGAAUGGGACGGGCGACCGGUAUCGAACCGCCAUUGUAGUCUGAAGCAGCAGCUAGGGAGCUUGAAGAUAAAUGUGGAUGAGUGUCGAGGUGGCGACAACAAGAGGAGCAAAAGCAUGAGCGAGAAGGGCAGCAGUAGCCUGCUGUUGCCGUCGAGGUCGAGGAGGUUGUUCGACAAGUUGUGGGCAGUGAAGGUGGAGACAGUUAAGAGUUCUGAGACAUCAGGGAGCUCAAAGAGCCCUACCGUCUGUGUGAAGCCUCGAGAAGCAAAGUCUUGUAGGCACGUCAGAUACUCUAUUUCAUGAGGGAAUAUAUAUAUGUGCGUCGUCUUGUGGAGUUAGAUUGUAUAUAAGUUUGUGUUUUGGAUCAUUAAGAAGAGAGUGAUUAUUAAAAAAAAAUUUGUUUCCUUGAAGAGAAUUUAUGAUUAGUGGAGAUGCCUCUGGCCCUCCUGCC